GACGUGGCAAUUUCUACCUUUUGUGACGUGUCUCAGGAACCCAAAUGCAUCGUUUCCUUUCAUCAAUUCCAAUUUACAAAAAAUCCAAUCAUAGAUCAUUAGAGUUCUAGCAUUAGCAUUGCUACAAGAAUGGACCCGUCGUCAAGCUCCAGAGCACGGUCAAUGCCGCCUCCAGUGCCUAUGGAGGGAUUGCAGGAAGCAGGGCCUUCUCCGUUUCUAACAAAGACGUUCGAGAUGGUUGGUGAUCCAAACACAAACCACAUUGUGUCUUGGAACAGGGGAGGCAUCAGUUUUGUCGUGUGGGAUCCACAUUCCUUCUCGGCCACUAUUCUGCCUCUAUACUUCAAGCACAACAACUUCUCCAGCUUUGUCAGACAACUCAACACUUAUGGAUUCAGGAAGAUCGAGGCAGAGCGAUGGGAGUUUAUGAAUGAAGGUUUCUUGAUGGGUCAGAGGGACCUUCUCAAAAGCAUCAAGCGACGAACCUCCUCCUCUUCCCCUCCUACGCCUAACCACUAUCAACCCGAUGGUGAUGACCCAAGCGUCGAGCUUCCGCAGCUCCAUGAAGAGAGGCAUGUCCUAAUGAUGGAUAUCUCGACGCUCAGACAGGAGGAGCAAAGAGCGAGAGGCUACAUCCAAGCCAUGGAACAGAGGAUUAAUGGAGCAGAGAUGAAACAGAGGCAUAUGAUGUCCUUCUUGAGGCGUGCAGUGCAGGACCCUUCGCUUCUGCUGCAGCUAUUCGAGCAGAAGAAAGACCAAGAGGAGGCUACGAUGUUUGAACAGGCUGGCCUGGUCAAAACGGAAGCGGUGGAGCACCUGUCGGAGCUGGAGGCUCUGGCGCUUGAGAUGCAAGGAUAUGGACGGCAACGGACUGAUGGUUUGGAGAGGGAGCUUGACGACGGGUUUUGGGAAGAGUUACUGAUGAACAACGACAACUCCGAGGAAGAAGAGGCGAAUAUGAAAUCAGGAGCAGCCGGGCUUGGGAUUGCGACAGAGGCAGCGAUGGGGGUCAGAGACGCAAACGCCGCUAAUGGCACCUUCGUACUUGCACAAGUUGUCGCAGAGGCCUUCUCCCGCACCUUUUAACCAGCAAGGGAAGUUUGGUAGAAGCUUGCACUCCCACUGACACCUUUGCGCUUGAGCGUCUCCUUGCCCCACUAGUCCUAUAUAUAUGUAUACACAGCAAUUAAAGGAUGAUGUUAUUC